UUCCUUCCCUGUUUUAAUUUUAUUUAAUUUAAUCUUUCUUUUCCCUAAAAUAAUCAGAAUUCCUUAACCCUUGUUACUAUUCACCAUCUUCUCUAAAUCUCUUAUCCUUCUUUCUUGAUCGGUUGACCCCAAGCUUCGAAUGGCAAUGACAUCCUCCUUCGCCUCUCUCACGUUUCAAAAUCCAUGGCAACACAAUCCUCCUUCUUAUUCUCACUGAAAUUAUUGUUGAAAUUCAGCAACAUAGGUACAAUCUUCUUCCCAUCUAAUUUUCUGAUUUGUGAACCAAUUCAGAAUCUCAUUUGCUCGGUUCUUGGCCCUCAAACAGGCGGCAACAGCCGCUUACAACCCUCCUUAUUGCCGGAACCCGACCCUAUACAACAGCAACAACGCCUUUAUGCCUGAGACACUGAAUUAGCAGCCUACACUACCUGCCAGCUUUCGUUUUGGGUCGACAUAAGAUGCUGGCAGCCUUCUGAUUGUGGAAUUCCUCCUCCAUCUUUUCUAUUGCCUAAAAAGAAUUAGAAGGGUUCCAUGUAGAAGUGGAAUAUGCAUAAACCCUAUGGAAGUAACGUCUUGUCAACUAAUAGCAAACGAAAUCUUGCCAACUUCAAUUGUCAAGACCCUUCUAUACCCUGGUGCCAUUGUAAAUGCUGUCCUAAAUGGUGUUACAAUCCCUAACUAUGAUAAUUUGUUGGACAUUUAUAACCUUACACAUGUGAAAAGUGCACCUACAAUCCUUGAUCUCAGGCAUCUUGAGAUAUUAGCAGGGUGCUACUUUUGUGUGGCUGGAGCAAUGCUUGGAUUAUUGAAGCAAGGAAGAUUAAGCUUAAUUGGGAUGCUCCUACUUAUAUGGGGCUUGAUCAAACAAAAUAUAAAGGAAAAAUCUACUUGUUUACAUAAUACAUGUACUUUUGAACAAGUUCAAGUGUCUCCAAUGAUGUUUAUAGCUCUUUUUACAGCUUUAUCAUCAAUAAAAAAAGAUGUAAGAGUUGUAAUAAAAAGUUUUCAAGCCCAUCAUCCUGUAAAAGCAGCUACAGAAUUACAUCAACAUGUAAAGAAAAAGAAAAAGGAAAGGGAGAUGAAGAGACUUGAAUGGAAUGUUCAUUACAAUUCUAAAACUUCUAGGUGUACUAAAGUUGCCCAACAAGGCAUUACUAAUACUUUUACUUAUUGAGAAUCGGGUAGUCUUCUCGGUUGGAGAGUAAAUAUUACUUUUCAGAUAAGAUUUUGAGUUUAAACUCAUUUUUCGGUCUACCCUAUAAUUAAGAAAACACUUGUACUUAUUAACAUUGAUAUAUUAAUUUUUGAUAGGAAAAUUGUUAGUUUUUACCUUCUUAUGAAUUGGGUUAUUUACAUUAUAGGUAUAUGUUGAACGAGUUUUUAUUUUUUAUUUUUAUUUUUUUUCAAAUAUAGCUAUUUUAGGUAAAUUAAUUUUGAUAGAUUGUUAAAAAUAAUUUAGUGAAAGUAUAUUGUAACGACAGAUUGAUAAAUUUUUUAUAAAUUUAAAUGUUAAUUUUCAUGACAAUGAUUGAACCAUUAAGUUUGUUGGAUACUUUACCUCUUGAGUAUAGAUAAAGAAACAAAAUAGGCUGAGAAAGGAAAGAAUUGAAUAAAAAUCAAACUCAAAAUCUUUCUUAUCGAAUGGUACUUUCUCUCUAACUAAGACAAUA